AUGGAUUACGAGUUACGCAAAGCUGUAGAGAAUUCUCCAUGUGGUAGGUUUAUUAGAUACAACGAAAAGUUGGUUGGAGGGGCUUACAAAGAUGUUUACGUAGGGUUUGAUCGUGUUGAGAAUAUUGAAGUGGCGUGGAACCAAAUCGAUUUUGAGGGAGCAUAUGAUGAAGAGGCACGAGAAAUCCUACUAAAAUUGUACACGGAGGCUCAUAUACUGAAACACUUAAAGCAUGAAAGUAUUAUCAUGUGUUUUUCUCGGUUGUUCGACAGCGAGGCCAAAACUAUAAGCGUGAUUACAGAGUUGUUUCCCUCCAUCAGCCUGAGAAAACUACGACGUACUAAGUCCAAGUGUGAUGGCGCUGUCAGUGGUAUUGAUUUGGCGGCUAUCAAGAACUGGGGUAGGCAAAUUCUUGAAGGUUUGAACUUUCUCCAUAGUCAGAACCCUAAGAUCGUCCAUCGAGACAUCAAGUGUGACAAUAUUUUUGUUCAUAGUGGUGGGAAACAAGUUAAGCUCGGAGGGUUUGGUUUGGCAAUUCGUCUAAUCGAGGGUAAUUUUGCAAAAGAGCUAAUUAAGGGUAAUUCUGCAUUCAUGGCUCCUGAGUACUAUGAUGAGAAAUAUAAUGAAUUGGUGGAUAAUGCAUUUUCUUGA